CACAGUGGCUAUAUGGCGAGGCUCCGUCUGUUUUAGUACGGCCGACAUGUUUUCCAAACAGAGACUGAUGUUUAUUUUCACUUUCACUUCCUUAUUUUGGGAGGAUUGUUCGGCCAUUUCUAUGACUGGUGUUAACAGCCAGGAACCGUCAAGAACUACGGAAGGAAACGCUCACAAGCUUGGUCGUAAAAGCAAAUUUGGCAUGCAGAAGACAAAUUUUGUGAAGGUGGACGGCAAUGCUGGAAAUGAGUUGAGUUCAGUGGUGGUGCCACCAGACAAUGGGGAAAUUGCGAACGUGCUGAUCGGAGAGAAAGGCGGCCAUAGUGAACAUAUUACUCUGCUUGCCAUGGGGGUCAGAGAGAAACGUCAGUUACAAGAAAGGGCUGAGGUGGUAACUUCGAAAGCAGAAACGACCAACAUACAUCCACCAAAGUCGUCAAACAAAGCAUUUAACCCAAGAAACAACGCCACAUUGACAAAUGCACAGGCGAUCGUGAGCCCCCAAAAAAUAUUAUCGUUUGAGCAGUAUGGCGACGAUUUGAAUUCCGAAUCUGCUGCAACAGAGCCGACCUCGGAGGAACUGCAGGAUUCAAUUUCCAUCGAUCUGGCGUCGUCAUGGCGCGGAAGUAAUAUUCCACCAAUAACAGUUGGUUGGGUUAGGGACUCACUGUCAAUAUCUUCGUUGAACCCCGUGCCGGGUCACUUUUCUAAGGGUAAAGAUGACGACAAUGCCUCAGUCAGACGUAAGAUUAGUGUAGUUGAAUUGAUGGAGGGUGGCGUGGACUUAGAUGCGCUUUAUGAACGAGUGAAAGAUGCACCAGACACAGUGAUUGAUGAAAAUGAAGGGACCUUCAUAUUUCGAGAAAACCAAACCAUGUUUGAAAUCUAUGACAUUAAGCACAAAUUUCCGAUAUACCACGGUGCAGACUACAGCCAGUAA